CUGAGGACAAUGACGAUAGCAUAAGUACGGGUAUAUCUAAAGAUUCGAAAUCGGUACGACGUAGCUUUUCUACCAUGUUUACUCAGCUUGGGCAUUCUGUAAAGAAAGUCUUUAAGAAAAAGGCAUCUGUGUCCGAUUCAAGACUAAAAAAGACCAUGUCUGUACAACAUAAUCUUCGACAGCAUGCGUCUUCUCCUUUGAACUCGAUGACCAAGAAACAAAUGUAUUCUUCAUUACGUGCCCCUGUUAAAGCACCCAAUGAACGACCCAAAGUCUUUUUAGAGUCAUUUGCUACGUAUAUACCUACGGAACCUAUCACGGAUGCGUCUCAGGUUCAAGUGUACAAUGGUAGUUGCCCUUCCUCUGUCAGCAGCCUGCAUUCACAUAGGUCACCACCCAUGAUACAACCACAACAGAACUACUGGGAUGGUGAAGCAACGCAAUCGCAACAAUUUGAUCAGCUCUUGGAUGAUAUCUGGGAGCGAUCUCAAGAAUACCAAGAUUAUUUUGCUGCGGAAGAACAAAAUCUUAGUAACAGCUCGUUUAGUACAAAUUUUAAUAAUCAUUUUAAGAAUAAUGCGGUUUGGUCCCCUAAUCAAGAUAAUAAUAUUACAGUAAGACCUAGUAAGACAGAAGGUAAUAUGAACAAGUUUGAUGAGGGCGUACCGUUUGUAAGCGUAGGUCAAAGUACGAGUCAAGAUAGCAAGCGAAAGUCGCAACUGGCGAAGGGCAAUCUUAAUAUUGAAGACGUCAAGGCCUAUAAACGAUCCACGUCUGCUUACUCAAAUAUUAGAGAUUAUGACUUGAAUUGGCAAGCGUCGUUUCAUGUGGAGCAAAAAAGUCGAGAUAAAGUGGCCAAAACACUCAAGAGUGUUUCUUGGGCAUUCUACAAUAUCAUCAAACGAAAUCAUAAUCUAAAUGAAUUUGCCUGUGAUGCUAUAUUUAGCGAGAAUGAAUACCAAGUAUCGGAUGGGUCUAAUUAUAAUCUAUGUUCUGAGCCUUUGACGGACUGGAACGAUAUUUACGAUCAAUUGGCGUAUGUAUUUGAUUGCGGUGAGCUUACGGCUGAACAUGCCAUUAUUACUCUCAUUUACGUAAAGCGUAUGCUCGAUUUAUCAAGACAAAGUCUAUGGGAUUUCAGUUGGCGUAUGAUUGUCAUGUCUUCGCUAUUAACAGCCGUCAAAGUGUGGGAUGAUUGUGCUAUCUUUAAUGCGGAUUUUGCAAUGAUUUUUCCUGAGCUAACUCUUGAUGUUAUCAAUACAAUUGAAAGAGUGUUUCUGACACACUUGGAAUGGGACGUAUCUGUAAACUGUUCAGACUUCGCACGUACUUACUUUCAUUUGCGUGAUAUUGAACAUAUGAUGGAUCAAUGGUGAUUUUUUAUACCCUUUUUCUUUUUUUUUUCUUUUUUU